GCUUACUCACCACCACACUAGAGCCUCAAAGAACGCACCUUAAAGGACAAGAAAUGGCUCACUCCAGCCUCCUCUUUGUUUUCCUACUGCUCUUUCUCGCCUCCAAUUCCAGCUUGCAAUCAACGACGGCGGCGCAGUCCCACGACGGUGAGCUCGCCACACUCCUUACAAUAAAAAAGGACUGGGGCAGCCCUGCUGCUCUCAGCUCAUGGAGCUCCAGCAACCCUGCCUACUGCAACUGGACAGGGGUGAUUGGCUGCAAAAAUGGCCAAGUCACCGCCCUGUCCAUCCGAAAUCUCGUACCCAAUCCGAUCCCAGCCUCCCUUUGCAGCCUCAAGAACCUGUCCUACUUAGACCUCUCCGGCAACAACCUCACCGGCGAGUUUCCGACGGUGCUCUACGGCUGCUCGGCCCUGCACUUCCUUGACCUGUCGAACAAUCACUUCUCUGGCGCCCUCCCGACUGACAUCGAUAAAUUGUCCUCGGGGAUGGAACACCUUAACAUGUCGAGCAAUGGUUUCAUCGGCAGCGUGCCGCCGGCAAUUGCCGGGUUCCCGAAGCUCAAGUCGUUGGUUCUUGACACCAAUGGCUUCAAUGGGAGCUACCCGAGCACUGCCAUCAGCGACCUCGUGGGGCUCGAGACACUGACGCUGGCAAUGAACCCGUUCAUGCCAGGGCCUAUCCCGGACGAGUUCGGCAAGCUGACGAAGCUGAAGAAGCUAUGGCUGUCGGGGAUGAACUUGACUGGUGGCAUCCCCGACACACUCUCAGCGCUCACUGAGCUAACGGUGUUGGACUUGUCACAAAAUGAACUUGAGAGCGAAAUCCCGGCGUGGGUUUGGAAGCUUCAGAAACUCCAGGACCUUUACCUGUACGCCAACAACCUCGUCGGAGGGAUCGGGCCGGACGUCACCGCCGUCAGCAUGCUCGAGCUUGACCUGUCUGAAAACAGGCUCACCGGACCAAUACCGGAGACCAUCGGCAACAUGAAGAACUUGACCUUGCUGUACUUGUACUUCAACAACAUCACCGGGCGGAUCCCGGCGAGCGUCGGUUUGCUCCCGAGCCUCACCGACCUCCGGAUAUUUAACAACAUGCUCUCCGGCCCCCUCCCGCCGGAGCUCGGGAAGCACUCGCCACUUGGCAACCUAGAAGUGUGCAACAAUUUCCUCACCGGCGAGCUCCCAGACACCCUCUGCUUCAACAAGAAGCUCUAUGACAUCGUGGUGUUCAACAACAAUUUCUCCGGCGUGUUCCCGGCAAGCCUCGGGGAGUGUGACACGCUGGACAACAUUAUGGCGCACAACAACCAUUUCACCGGGGAGUUCCCGGAGAAGGUAUGGUGGGCGUUCCCCAAGCUGACCAACGUCAUGAUACAGAACAAUGGCUUCACCGGCACUCUGCCCAGUGUGAUAUCCUCCAAUAUCUCACGAAUUGAGAUGGGGAACAACCGGUUCUCCGGCUCCGUGCCGGCUUCCGCAACGGGGCUGAAGAAAUUUGCGGCGGAGAACAACCAAUUCUCUGGCGUGCUACCGGCAAAUAUGUCAGGGUUCACCAACCUCACCGACAUGGACCUCGCCGGGAACUGGAUUUCUGGCUCGAUUCCACCGUCCAUCCGAUCAUUAGGAAGGCUGACUUCCCUGAAUCUUAGCAGCAAUCAGAUAUCCGGCAAGAUCCCGGCGGUGAUCGGGUUGCUGCCGGUGCUCAAUAUCCUUGACCUCUCCAACAACUUGCUCAGCGGCCACAUACCGCAGGAGUUCAGCGACCUCCAUCUCAGCUUCGUCAACCUCUCGUCCAACCAACUCACCGGCGAGGUCCCCGAGUCGCUGCAGAGCCCGGCGUACGAAGGGGCAUUCUUCGGAAACCGUGGCCUCUGUGCCACGGUGAACCUGAACAUGAACCUUCCGGCAUGCCGUUACGGCGGCCGUAACCGUAACCAGAUGUCGACAGGCCUGAUCAUCUUGUUCUCGGUGCUUGCCGGCGUCACCCUCCUCGGUGCCGUUGGCGUUGGGUGUCUCAUCAUCCGGCGGCAGAAGCGCCAGCAAGACGUGACCGUGUGGAAGAUGACGCCGUUCCACGCGCUCGACUUCACGGAGUGUGACAUACUCACCGAGCUCCGGGAGGAGGACGUGAUCGGCAGCGGUGGCUCCGGCAAGGUGUACCGCGUCCACCUCCGCGGCCUCGGUGGCGCCGGCAAGGUGGUGGCCGUGAAGAGGCUGUGGAGCAGGGGGAAGGCCGACGCGAAGCUCGACAAGGAGUUCGCCUCCGAGGUGAAGAUCCUCGGAGACAUCCGGCAUAACAAUAUCGUGAGCCUUCUCUGUUGCAUCUCAAGCGACGUCACGAAACUUCUGGUGUACGAGUACAUGGAGAACGGCAGCCUCGAUCGGUGGCUGCACCCGCGAGAGCGUGCCGGCGCGCCGGCGCCGCUGGACUGGCCGACGCGGCUGGGCAUCGCGAUCGACGCGGCAAAGGGCCUCAGCUACAUGCACCAAGAUUGCGCGCAACCCGUCAUGCACCGGGACGUGAAGUCCAGCAACAUUCUGCUCGACCCGAGCUUCCGCGCAAAGAUAGCCGACUUCGGUCUGGCCCGGAUCCUCGUCAAGUCCGGCGAGCCGGAGUCCGUGUCCGCCGUCGGCGGCACCUUCGGCUACAUGGCUCCAGAGUGUGGACGCGGCGCGAAGAUGAACGAGAAGGUGGACGUGUAUAGCUUCGGCGUUGUGCUGCUGGAGCUGACGACCGGGCGGGUGGCGAACGACGGUGGCGAGGAGUGCUGCCUGGUAGAGUGGGCAUGGCGGCGGUACAAGGCCGCUGGCCCUCUGCACGACGUCGUCGACGGGAGCAUCAUCCAGGACGGGGCAGCGUUCGUGGAGGAUGCCGUGGCCGUGUUCGUUCUCGGCGUGAUCUGCACCGGGGACCACCCGCCGUCGAGGCCGUCGAUGAAGCAGGUGCUGCAGCAACUCGUCCGGUACGACCGCACCUCCAGCGUGGCCGGCGCGUGCCGGGACGAACUCGAGGACAAGGGCGGCGUGCGGAUCCCUCAGGGAAAGAAAGGCGGCCAGGCAGACAAGAGCUCGCCGGACACCGGAGUGUUUUGGGAAGGCGACGGGGAAGAGAGCGGCAACUUCGUGGCUCAUCCCGUUUAAAUGUUCUUUUUUUAUAUGUGGCAUUUAAGGUAUGCAUCGUGCAUGUGGCACGAGUUUGUUAAGCUGUAAAUUAUGUAGUUGAAUGCUAUCUGUACUGCAAUUACAUCAUGCA